AAUUCCCAGAGCCUUUCUUUUUCCACUUACACAUAAUUCCGACCUAUCAUGUCCGACUCCAACUGCUCUAGCUUCCUGGAAGCUAACACUCCUCAUAACCCUAAUAACUUUAACCAUUUAGAUAACUAUGAAACCGAGACUGAUAUUAUCGAUCAUGAAAAUUUUGAGCCAUUUGAUCUAAUGGUAGCAGAAGAAUUAGAGAGCGAUUUUACUUCUAUCCUGGCAGAGUUGCAGCAAGAAAUCACCACCAAUAAUACUAUCCUAAGCACACCAGAUGUCCCCAGAAGACAUGAAAGUGGAGGAAAGGGAGUGAAGAUUGAUGAGAGAAAGAGGAUAGCAUUUAGAACAAAAUCAGGGAUUGAUAUCAUGGAUGAUGGAUACAGAUGGAGAAAAUAUGGAAAGAAGGCUGUCAAGAACAGUCGAAACCCUAGCCCAUAGCUACUGAUCAUGAAGAAGCUAUAGAAACCAAGUUGGAAUCCUUGAGCAAAAGGCCUAGUCUCUUCUUCUGAUCUUUGCUGGCCUCUUGACAAAACCCAAAUUAACUCCAUCAUCACCACCACCACCACCACCAUCAUCAUCAAGAAGUGAUAUAAGUCAACUAUAUGUAUGCUGCUGCGCGCCCCCGCUGCCGCCAGCGCCAGCGCCAGCGGCACCACAGCAAUAUCCGAGCAUUAAUUAUGAUUAUCUUAAUUAUUAGAUUUAAGAGAAAGCAGGAAAUUACAUUGAUAGUGAAUAUAUGGAUUACCAUAUACAGAAGAGUACUUCAGGAUUCACACAUCUCACAUAAACAGUUAGAUUUAGGCAUAUAAUUAAUUCUGUUUAUAUAUAUAUAUUCUGGAAUUGAUUAAUUACUACAAUCCAUAGACGCAUAAGCAGGUGUUUUUAUAGCAUCUUGAGCUCAUGGGAGUGUGGGGUUUGCAUGGAACUUUUUUCUUUUUCUUUUGUUACAGUCGUUUUAGGUGCAAAUGGCCAUCCUCAAAUGUUCCUCUUGCAUAAGCUCAUACUCUAUUUUAUUUUCCGGUAUUCUAGAAUUCCUUUUACCAGUUUCUCUUGCUUGAAGCAAGUUUCUGUGAUCCUUGCCUCGCAGUUAGGUUAUGUUCGGCCUUUUCAUCAAGAAAUUGACACAUUUCUUUCUAUCUAUCAAGAAAUUGACACAUUUCUUUCUUUAACUUACCUUUUUCAUGGUUUCUUCUAGACCUGGUCAAUUGCAGACUUUUAGAUUUUUCUUUAUGUAAGUUGAUUGAAAACGUUUUUAAAGGAGAGUUUUUGCAGAGCUAUAAUAUAUAUAUAUGCUACCAUUUUUAUACAAAACCGGUAGAUGAUUGAUAUGCACAUGUUAUUUUUAUAUAAUAAAAUACGUAUCAAUAAUCCAAUAUCGAAAUGUAAAAUACUUUUAUAUAUAUUACCCGGUAUAUAUUGACUAUAAUUAACAAAAACAUUUUGAAGUCUUAGUAAAUGAGGAAGGGUUAAGGAUUUACUCAGUGUGAGAUAUUACAUUGCUCGAGAAAUCUUAGAUAUUGUCGCUCUUUUCUUUUUUUCCUUCUAAUUCACAGUAUUAUUUGAAUCAACAAAUUUUGAAGUCUAUUUAUUUAGCAUUCAUACAUGAAAUCAACCUAUUAAUAAAAUAUUGUUGUUCAAUUUUUCGUGAUAUCUUUUCAUUAAAAUUUUCAUUGUAUCAUAAGUUCACUUGCUUCUUUUUACCUUAGAAUGUUUUUUGCAUAACGAACUAACUGUAUCAUAUGCAUGAUGUGAUAAGCAGAAAUUAUUUCAAAUGCUUAAAGGCAGGAUGCAAUGUGAAAAAGACAGUGCAAAGAGACACAGAAGAUCCAGACUAUGUCACGACAACAUAUGAAGGGAUGCACAACCAUGAAGCCCUUCACUGAUUCUGUACGAUCCAUCAAAGGGCAAAUCUUACUAGAUGGACUAUUCUUCAGCCAUUGCAUUGCAUAUUAAGGUAAUACAGAUCAACUGGCUUAAUUGUCUUGUUUUAUGACAGUAAUUGUUCAUAGAAACAGUAAUGAUUUUCCUAUGGAUUUGUAGUAACUAAAUUAGUUUACUACAAAUGUGGAUCUCUUUGUCUAACACUUGGGGGGGAAAGAUUUGGCUACUUAUAAUUAAGCUGAGUGUCUUUCACCAUCCCAGUAGGUAUGUAAUCUAUAUAUGUUUGAUCUGUAUAUCCCAUAUUAGUAAGUGAAGUGAUGGAUGUAUCUAUUGGGUCGAUGUAUAAUGGAAAAUAAUUAAUUA